CUCAUUUUCUUUCAUCACUUCUUCAAUGAAUCUCUGUAAAUAAGUUUGCCACCCACUCAAUCCCUUCGUCCAUCCCUCCCAUUAUCUAUUAGAAUAACCAUCUUAAUCUUAAUUCCACCCCUGCACCACCAACACUCACCCCAAUGCUCGACCGCCUCUCGCGCUUCUAUCGCCUCAACACAGGCUACGAAAAGACCCUCCGUCUAAUCCAAGCAUUAUGCCUCGUGGCACUGGAAAUCGGCUCUCUGGACAGCAUCACGACCAAACGAGUAUCAGCCGCUAAAGCCCAAUUAGCAUUGACCCGCCGCUGUAUCCGCUUUUGGAAUUUCCUGGACUGCUUCAACCGCGUCUCCGGGCUCCUCGGGCAAGAUGCCCCUAAUCCCCGCAAGAACAACCACACUACUACUACUACCUCGCCCACGGGGUUCCUGUGGUUGCUAGAGGUCGCGAAGUGGAGUUGCUUCGGGGUGUAUUUCCUCCUCGAGGAUUUGACGUUGCUCCACGUCGCGGAAAUCUACCCCGUCCCGUGGGCGAAGACGGUGACUGUCGAGGCGUUCAAGUUCUGGUACUAUGCGCUGGCGCUGUCGCUGUUUGGGGCGUUCUGGGAGUGGUGCGUUGGGGGUGCGGGUUCUGUGGCUAAGGGGCCGAAGAAAGGGAGGCGGGGUGGUGCUGGUGCUGGUGCUGGUGCUGGAAAGGUGAAGGGGAGGGCUGGGGCUGCUGCAAGUAAGAGUGGUGAAGGGUGGGUUGACUGGGUGUGGGUUUGGGGAUGCGUGGUGUGAGGGUUCGGAUUGUGAAGGUGGCAGCGGAUCGGAGGUUGUUGUACUGUAUAUAGCAUUUUGGUCGAUGCGUAGGCUGCUGCAUUUGGCGGGGCGCGUCGGAAUACGAUUGCUGUGUUUGACGGUAUGAAUGUUAUGGUUUGUAGCUAUUAUCAUUCUCUC